GAAGAGUCCUCUGGUGGCUCUCUUCCAAACCGGCCGGCCAAUCAAACAACCUGCCGAAAACAACGGAUCCACGGCUAGCUAUAUUUAUCCAACCGGAUUGUACGUUCUUCUUCUCGAGAGACUUUGAGGCUGCUACGAUAGGACACCCCCAGCUUCUCCGGGGCGGCUGAUCGAGACCACUCGAAUAUCAGAAACAAUGUUCAAACUCCUCGAACAGAGCAUGGAGAACUAGAUAGAGAGAGGGGGAGAAUUAUUGGAACUUGAUCGAUCGAGAGAGACAGCGAGGCCGAUCAACCAUGGCGUACUUGCGGAAGAAGUCGAUGGAGUUCCUGAAGAGCUUCGAGGUGCCGUCGAAGAACCCGUCGGAGGACGCGCAGCGGCGGUGGCGGGACGCCGUGGGCACGCUGGUCAAGAACCGCCGCCGCCGCUUCCGCAUGGUCCCCGACCUCGACAAGCGAUCCCAGGCCGAGACCCAGCGCCGCAAGAUCCAGGAAAAGCUUCGUGUUGCCCUGUACGUGCAGAAGGCUGCCCUUCAGUUUAUAGAUGCCGCCCGGAGGACGGCGGAGCAGCACCCGCUGCCGGAGCUGGCGCGGCAGUGCGGCUUCUCCAUCAGCGCCGAGGAGCUCGCCUCCGUGGUGCGCGGCCACGACGGCAAGUCGCUCCGGCACCACAAGGGCGUGGACGGCGUGGCCCGCAAGGUGAACGUGUCGCUGUCGACCGGCGUGAAAGCCGACGACGCCGGCGUCCGCGCCGAGGUCUACGGCUCCAACACGUACGCCGAGAAGCCGGCGCGCACCUUCUGGAUGUUCCUCUGGGACGCGAGCCAGGACAUGACGCUCAUGCUGCUGGCCCUGUGCGCCGUGGUGUCGGUCGUCAUCGGCGUGGCCACCGAGGGCUGGCCCGGCGGCGUGUCCGACGGCGCCGGCAUCAUGCUCACCAUCGCGCUCGUCGUCGCCAUCACCGCCGCCAGCGACUACAAGCAGUCGCUCCAGUUCAGGGACCUCGACAAGGAGAAGAAGAAGAUCGACAUCCAGGUCACCCGCGACGGGCUAAGGCAGAAGGUCUCCAUCUACGACAUUGUUGUCGGGGACGUCGUGCAUUUGUCCAUUGGUGACCAGGUGCCUGCCGACGGGCUGUUCAUCGAUGGGUACUCGUUUUUUGUCGAUGAGUCGAGCUUGUCCGGCGAGAGCGAGCCGGUGCACGUGUCGGCGAACAACCGGUUCCUGCUGGGCGGCACCAAGGUGCAGGACGGGUCAGCCAGGAUGCUGGUGACGGCGGUCGGGAUGAGGACUGAAUGGGGGAAUCUCAUGGAGACGCUGAGCCAGGGCGGCGAGGACGAGACGCCGCUGCAGGUGAAGCUCAACGGCGUGGCCACCAUCAUCGGCAAGAUCGGGCUGGCAUUCGCCGUGCUCACGUUCACGGUGCUCAUGGCGCGGUUCCUGCUGGCCAAGGCCAAUGCCAACGCGCUGCUGGUGUGGGGCAUGGAGGACGCGCUGUCGGUGCUCAACUUCUUCGCGGUCGCCGUGACGAUCAUCGUGGUGGCCGUGCCGGAGGGCCUGCCGCUGGCGGUGACGCUCAGCCUGGCGUUCGCCAUGAAGAAGCUGAUGCAGGAGCGCGCGCUGGUGCGGCACCUGUCGGCGUGCGAGACCAUGGGGUCGGCAAGCUGCAUCUGCACGGACAAGACCGGCACGCUCACGACGAACCACAUGGUGGUCGAGAAGGUCUGGCUGGCCGGCGCCGCCACCACUGUGAGCACUGCCAAGGGCUUCGAGGAGCUCGUCACGGCGUCGGCGUUGUCGUCGGAAGGGUUCACCAAGGUGCUCCUGGAGGGCGUCUUCCAUUGCUCCGGGUCAGAGGUUGUCCGUGGGAAAGACGGCAGGACGAGCAUCAUGGGCACGCCCACGGAGACGGCGCUCCUGGAGUUCGGGCUGGGCGUCGAGAAGCGCACGGGCGUCGACCAUGGCGCCGCGGCGACGAAGCACAGGGUGGAGCCGUUUAACUCUGUGAAGAAGACCAUGGGCGUGGUGAUCGCGUCCCCGAGCGCCGGGGGCAGGCCGCGGGCGUUCCUCAAGGGCGCGUCCGAGGUCGUCCUGCGAAAGUGCAGCGCCGUCGUGAACGACCGGCAUGGCGGCGUCGAGACGCUCACGGAGAAGAACGCGAAAAGGGUGGCCGGCGCCAUUGAUGCCUUCGCGUGCGAGGCGCUGCGCACGCUCUGCUUGGCCUACCAGGAUGUCCCUGUGGGUGCCGAGAACGCGGCGGAGAUUCCUGGGGAAGGUUACACGCUGCUCGCCGUGUUCGGCAUCAAGGACCCGCUGCGGCCCGGCGUGAGGGAGGCCGUCAGGACGUGCCAUGCCGCUGGGAUCAAUGUCAGGAUGGUCACUGGGGACAACAUUAACACGGCCAAGGCUAUUGCGAGGGAGUGUGGGAUACUGACCGAGGAUGGUGUCGCCAUUGAAGGGCCCGAGUUCCGGCAGAUGAGCCCUGACCAGAUGAGGGAGGUCAUUCCCAAAAUCCAGUUGAUGGCGAGGUCGCUGCCGCUGGACAAGCACACGCUGGUGACGAACCUGAGGGGGAUGUUCGGGGAGGUGGUGGCGGUGACGGGGGACGGGACGAACGACGCGCCGGCGCUGCACGAGGCGGACAUCGGGCUGGCCAUGGGCAUCGCCGGGACGGAGGUGGCCAAGGAGAACGCCGACGUGAUCAUCAUGGACGACAACUUCUCCACCAUCAUCAACGUCGCCAAGUGGGGCCGCUCCGUCUACAUCAACAUCCAGAAGUUCGUCCAGUUCCAGCUCACCGUCAACGUCGUCGCCCUCAUCGUCAACUUCGUCUCCGCCUCCUUCACAGGGAGCGCGCCGCUGACGAUCGUGCAGCUGCUGUGGGUGAACCUGAUAAUGGACACGCUGGGGGCGCUGGCGCUGGCGACGGAGCCGCCGAGCGACGCCAUGAUGCGGAGGCCGCCGGUAGGGCGGGGGGACAACUUCAUCACCAAGGUCAUGUGGAGGAACAUUGUCGGCCAAAGCAUCUACCAGCUCCUCAUCCUCGGCGUGCUCCUCUUCAGAGGAAAAGCGCUCUUCCACAUGGACGCCGGCGCCGACGAGCUGCUCAACACCUUCGUCUUCAACACAUUCGUCUUCUGCCAGGUCUUCAACGAGGUGAACAGCAGGGAGAUGGAGAAGGUGAACGUCUUCAGCGGGGUCUUCAGCAGCUGGGUCUUCUCGGCCGUCGUCGGCGCCACCGUCGCGUUCCAGGCCGUCCUCGUCGAGCUCCUCGGCACGUUCGCCGGCACCGUGCACCUCAGCGGCAGGCUGUGGCUCAUGAGCGUGCUCAUCGGCUCCGUCAGCCUGCCCGUCGGCGCCCUCCUCAAGUGCAUCCCUGUCGGCUCCGGCGACGGCGCCUCGUCGGACCGCCACGAUGGAUACCAGCCGAUCCCCACCGGCCCGAGUGCCGUGUGAUUUUGAAUACAUUAAUUUCGUCCUUGUUGUUUUUUGUCCGUUUAUUAUUAGGAGAAGAUUUGAAUUUCUUUUGAGGUUUUAAUUAAAAUCGACCGACCUUUCCUGUGGAUACGUAGGAGGACAGGGUACCGGAACAGACUUACACACGGCCAGUGGUAGUGGUUCCGAAUGAUUUGAUUAUUUUUCUAUGUGUUUCUGUGCUUUCUAGCAAACCAUGAUUCCGAUGUUUCAUAGCUGAAAUGAAAUUUGCAGUAACAGUUUGUCAA